AUGGUCAAACCACUCUCCUUCAAAGGCGACAAGAAACCCAAGAAGCGGAAGCGCCCCGCCAAUCCCGACGACGAGUCGGGCGAACCAUCAAAGCAAGUCACCAAGCUCGCCGGCGAAGAGGAUGGCGACGUGAACGACGACACAUGGGUCUCGGCAGAGGCGGCGACAGACAUUGUUGGACCUGUCAUGAUUGUCCUCCCAACUGAGCCUCCGAGCGCCCUGUCGUGCGACCCUGCCGGGAGCGUGUUCACGAUUCCCAUUGAGAACAUUGUCGACAAGAACCCCGCGAGCAGCGAGCCACACGACGUGCGCAUGGUCUGGGUCGCCAACAAGAUCGCCGGCACGGGCAAGUUCCGCUUCAAGGGCCACAAUGGCCGCUUCCUCAGCUGCGACAAGGUAGGCAGCCUCGGGGCGGCGAGCGAGGCCGUCAGCCCGCUGGAGAUGUGGGACGUGUUCCCCACCGCCGAUACCCCGGGGACGUUCCAGAUGCAGACGCAGCGCGAGACAUAUCUGCUCACCAAGGACGGCGGCAAGGCGCCCGAGAUUCGGGGCGACGCGGACGCCGUCUCGUUUGGCACCACGCUGCGGAUACGAAUGCAGGCUCGGUUCAAGCCCAAGAUCAAAGCUGGUAAGGAGGAGAAGGCGCUCGCCAAGAUCAGCCGCAAGGAGCUUGAGGAGGCGGCGGGUCGACGGCUGGAGGAAGACGAGGUCAGGAUGCUCAAGAAGGCGAGGAAAGACGGGAGCUAUCACGAGGUGCUGCUGGAUCUGAAAGUCAAGGGGAAGCACGACAAGUGGGGUUGA